AUGGUUUUUGGUGAAGAGAAAAUGUCGGAAGGAUUACUAAAUAACAACAAGACACAUUCUUUCGAUGAAGAAAUUAAUGAAAAAAGUACAAAUUUAAAUAUAGUUAUUGAUGUAAAAGAAGAUUUUGCCGAUAAAAGUGAUGAUGAAGAUUUAUUUGAUAGUGUUAUACAAAAUGACUUACAGAAUUCAACAAAAAAUAGUGACGAAAUUAAUUCUGAUGAGUGGAUUGUUAAUAAUAUUGAAGUACCAAAUACUUGCUCAUUUAAAAAAAAGGGAUUAAGCUUAUUACCAUUUAAAUCUAAAUUUGAUGAGUUAUUUACUGAUUCAUAUGAAUUAGAAAAAAAAGAAAAUGAUAUGUUUGAAAUGAAUGUCAUUGAUUCAUUUUCUGAUGGUUUUUAUUGUACAUAUGUUAAAGAAAUAGGUAAUGAUAAUGUUAAAGAUAGACCUGGAUAUAGUUUUUUAACAUUAUUAAGUAGUGUAGGAAAACAUUUGGGAUAUAAAAUUAAAGAAACAUCUAAAACAAUUUUUACAACAGGUUCCAAAAGACAACUUCUUUAUAAUACAAAUACAACAACAUUUGGUAAAAGAAAAGCAACAUAUACUCAUCCAUCAAAGAUUACUGCAAGGCAUAUGUGUGCUAGGGACAUUCUUUAUCAAUUAAUUGAAGAUGGUUUUUAUGAAAAAUAUGGUAUUCCAGGUAAAAAUAAAGAAGAAUGUAUUAAAUUUUUAGAUACUGUUAUGCCAAAUUUACCUAAACAAAGUAUUACUGAUAAAAGAGCUGAUAGAGAUAGAAAUCCAACUGCCAUUUUAAAUGAAUUUUGUCAAAAAAGACAUUUUCCCUUACCAGAAUGGGAAAAAGAUGACAUUCAAUUUAGUAAAAAUAACCAACCUAUUCAUAGUGGUACAUUACAUGUACAUAUAUGGAAAACAAAGGGUCAAGGUACAAGUAUAAAAAAAGCCAGAAAUGAUGCUGGUGAAAAAAUGCUUGAUAUAGUAGAAGAAUUUGAGGCUAAUAACCCACUUCUAAAUCCAUAUAUUUUUGAUUAA